GUCGAUUUCAUUGCAGUGAUCUGAAACCAAAACAUGUAAGUUUUUGGCAUAGUUUUUCCCAAUGUUAUAAGUGCUUCAUGAUCAUCCUGAAUACUGAAAGAAAAAUUAACGCAAAGUCAUCACUACUUGAUGUCCUACUUGAUGUAGGUAACUACAUGUAGACAAAGGGUCUUUCCCUCCUGGAAUUGCAUCGAGAAAGAAGUAGUUAAUGUACACCAUCUCCUGAGGAGAGUGAGAUGGGGAGGAGUAAGAAAGAGCUGUCCAGGUUAGCCUCUGGCAUCUUCAUCCGCUUCUUUCACACCGCCCUCACAGUCGGUAUCUUCUGUGUGCUGAUCUUCAAUGAUACAGAGUUACGGAAUGCAUUAACUGGGAAGAACAUUAUUUAUGGGGUAGCCUUCAUAUGCUUACUUCUUGCGACCAGUGUACUCUACUUUAUAGCCAGCUUGAUGAACCCAGGCUAUGUCAUUCUCGACGUAGAAAUGAAUGGGUGGAGUCAAGUGGAUUCCAGUGACGAAGAAACGGCGGAGGAAUCAGAAGGGGACGGCAACGACGAAAGACAGAAAAUGGUCAAAGAUAAAAAGGCAAAGGAUAAAUCACAAAGAAAGUGCAGUUACUGUAAUAUUAAGCAACCGGCGAGAACAAAACACUGCGAGGACUGCGGGAGAUGCGUACGACGGUUCGAUCACCAUUGUCCAUGGCUAGAGAAUUGUGUAGGAGAACGUAAUCAUAGGUUCUUCUGGCUCUUUCUUCUAUGUCAAGCAGCUAUCAUUAUCUGGGCUAUUAGAAUUACUUGGGGUGGAUUCUACUGGCAUCCAACCAUUCAGGAUUGGUUACGCGCUAACGCACUCUACCUGAUCUGCAUGCUUGUACUGAGCCUCGGUGCAGCGGCCGUCAUCUCGUUACUCUGCUGCCAUACUUUCAUGCUCUUCACAAACCAAACCACCUGGGAAUUCAUGUCUCGGCAUCGCAUCACGUACCUGCGAAACCUGGACGAGUCGGUGAACCCGUUCGACGAGGGAUACUGUCGCAAUGGACUCAAGUUCUUCUGCUACUGCCCGUACCGCAGUUGGGAUGUCAUGUUGGUGAAGUAUAGCGAUCUUAAGAAUGCCUCAUAAGACAUGACCACUACGACGUUUCCUUUCCCGCAGUUGCUGUGCCAUUAGUUCAUUUAAAGCCUCCGAAAACAUGACAAUGUACAUUAUGGUAUGUACUUAUGGGAAAUAUAUGUGCAGUUUUGUAGUUGUAAGUCACCAAGAGUUAAUGAAUCAUGCAGCACUAAGUCAAAUAAUAAAAUAAGCUGUAAUUGUUUUUGUAUCUAUUUAUUUUUUGAACUUCAUGAGACCAACAUUACGAACAAAUUUUGCUUUUACAUUCAUUGUUGUAAAGCCAUUUCUUAAAAUUGCUGUAUAGUGAAAACAUCUGUAGAUAUCCAAAACUUUUAGAUUGUACAUUCCACAAGAUAUCAGUCAACCACCUUUGAGCGACAUGAUAUUUAUGUCUUACACAUGGUAUGAAAACUGAAUUUGACAUUCAAGUUGGAAAUGCAGAAAACUAGUAUUUCUGCUUUAGCGUCUGAUGAGCUGUUGAUUUGGCAAUCUUGCAGAUUCUCGCGAUAAACAUAAAGCAAUGCCAAAUCUGGCAACAUCCAAAUAUGAACUAGGCUGUGCCCAGCUUAACAACAUAACUUACAUUAGGCACGCUUUCUGUAAUUCCUAACAUGUGCAAUACGAUCAUUACAUAUGUACAUUUAUGUUUGAGAUAUCAGCACAAAACUUUAACACUUAAAAAUUUUACAUACAAAACUCUAACGAAAACAAAACGCAAACAUACGCUUACUGAUUACAGGAAAAGAUAUUUGCUGGUAAUAUAUCCAUCUAAUUAUUAGAUAAAACAAACACUAUACAUAUUCACAUAAUAAUCUUAUUAAAAAUGAUUUUCAUACUUGCUUAUAAAGUACUUAACACUUACUUUUAAUACUUUAUUCAAAGUUCUAAAAGUUAAUGGAACAUGUUUCAAGCUCAGAACCGUUAUCAUCACACUUAUCUAGAAUUUUUUAAGUAAGCUAGUCGGAAUGGGUUACUACUGAGGGUCUCAGAGCUGAUGAAUAGGUUGAUUUCAUAUGAUUGAUUUGAUUUAUUUUAUUUCAACACAGUAAAAUGGCCCUCGAUCAGCCAUUUGAUGUUCUUUAGAAAGGCUUUGCAUGUAAUAUGAAAAACAAAUAAUCAAAUCAUAACAAUGAUAAAACAAAGCCAAAACUUAUAUACAAAACCAAAAGAAAGAAACAAAUAUAAUGAACAAAAACGAAAACAGCAAACAAAAUAAGGUAAAAAAUGAUAAUCAAGAUUACAAGACCUUUUCAACUUUAGAUUGUGCCUUUUAUGUUCUGCCAAUGAAAUGAACUCAAGGACUGGAAGAUAAGGUUACUAUUUUGAGCAAAGUCUGUUUUUGGAGCUUGUAAGCAAAUUAUGUUUUUGGAGUUACAAAGUGUGUGGGAGGAACAUUGUUUAAUAGUAAUCAUAUUACAUAAUAAGACGUUGAGAGUGUCUCUUUUUUUCCUCUACUUCAUCAAUGAGUAUUUCCAUUGUUGGCAGAGAAUUUUACUUUGUGUUUCCCUUUGCAAUGUUGGCCUCAAUGAUGAACUUGAGAGGAAAUAGCCAAUAACAUGCAUUUUUUGCACUGCCAGAACAACCUCGCUAAAAUGAUGACAUUCUUUCAUUUCCUCUCACUUCCGGCUGCCUCACCAUUGAAAAAGCCUUGAAAACCAUAAUUUAGGACUUUUGCAUAUGAUUAAUGCUUCAUGUAUAUUAUCCCUGCAUUCUUUGCGUUCCUCUUCUUGUCGUCUUUUUUUUUUCAUUGAGUCUUUCAGCUCAAAUAUCUCUUCUUUUUGCUGUCAAUGGUGAGAAUGUAGUCCUCUGGCGUGCACGUGGUUCCCUUCAGCUCUCCAGGUCCUUGGAAGAGAUCAGCAUACUGUUCUACUAUAUCAGGAGAGGCAGAUGCAAUGGCAUAAGUUUUGGCAAUCAUGUGAAGUGCGAUAGCUGUCAUGAAGCUGAGAAGUUUAUCACUGUCUCCUUCAGUGACAUGAAAAAGUGCAGGAAUUGCAUUCAUCCUUGAAUUGACUAUGGUCUCACAUGUGCCAAGUGUUGACAGAGCUUCAUUGCUGCCUUACGCAUAGAUCUUCACUCUGUGCUGCGCUCAGAGAUCGAGUCCCCUCAACAUACACUUUGGUGACAAACUCUUCAUACUGUGUCUUUCCAGUCUCUUCCCACCUUUGCACUGUAUUCACAACUGAGUCAUCUGCACAUAUUUGUUUGCCAAGCAUGAUAAGGUCAUCAAAUUUGUCCAGAAACAGAUUUCCCAUGUUUUGAUCAUGUUUGUCAGGUUGGUGACGUGUUUGUGGUUUGUCUUGUUAGCUGAGGGACUUUGUUCAUGUUGCUUGUGGCCGUUUGGUUGAUCAUCUCCUUCUGGUGCGUAACCUUCUUGAAACUCCAUGAUCAUCCUUGCCAGCUCUGGGGUCUGAUUGCAACUCUUUCUGCAACGGGCCCUGGUCCUGAAGACAUCCAUCUCCUCAAGGCUGCAGGGUUUUUGAAGAUCCCUACUGCCCCGCCUGAACCUUUCACAGUUUUGUUUUCCUGCUCAUGAGCCUUGUCAAAUUGAAUUGACAAUAAAGCUUCUUGGAUGUUUUUGGAAAGAACCCCGUUACUGGCAUUCUUGAACUCCUCCUUGAUUCCAUCUGGCAGUAAUUUCAAGUCUUGUAUGUGUACUGGUGUCCAUCUGACGUAAUGAUGUGGUCAAAGGUAAACAAGAAUGGAUUGAGUUCUUCAAAAUAUCUGACAUACAUUUCUCUGUGUGCCUAGAUGAAGAUGUGAAUGGGCAUUUCAUAUCUCCUUAUUUGCUCCCAGUACUUGAAUGUAGGACUUUGCUUCAUCCUUUGAUCUUUCCAACUGCAAAUGGGGUGUCAUCAUUUCAGCCUGAUCUGAGCUGAAAAGCCUCCUCUUGCAACUUGAUUUAGAGUGACUUGAUGUGCAUAUCUUGUACGCAUGAGAUGUGAAGCUUUUUUAUUUUGUGUGGAAAAAUGAACUUGUAUUAAACACAGAUAUUUGAGUAUGAUUUACAAUUUACAUCGAUCGCACAUCAUGAUCAAUGCAAUCCAUUAUGAACAUUUUCCCUGAGAUCCAUUAUGGAGCUUUGUGUUAAGAGCCUUCUUUGGACUUUGUCAGGCUUUUUCCAUAGUAGGAAUAUUACCAGACACAACAACAUUUUACAGAAUGUGAAAUUGUAACAUAAUUUUUGUUACCACCUAUUUCUAUGGAAUCUAUGAAGACAUGUUUACAUGCUAAAACAAGGAUCACAUGCGUGAGACGGAUUUGAGGGGAUGAGAAAGAGUCCCGAAUGCGGGAGUCUUGCACAUAAUGCAUGAGACUUGUUGUGUCUGAAUCGAUUAUUAGAUUUAGCCUUCAGCCUCUCACCUUUACAAAUAGUCUUGUGUCUGAUAUACGUGUAUACAGAACAUGUACAUGUAUUCACUUACAAUCUUACAUAUAUAUUUUAUUAAUUGUAGGUCUUUAUUAUAAAGUGAUUCAUGUAAAUCGUAAGCUUGUUGUAUGCUCUAUUUUUCAACAAGGUAUAUCUGGAGCCUGUCUUACAAACAGUUACCCUUCAACCUCAACUAUAUGGAAAUCCAUCAUUGUCAUAAUUUUUUCUACAGGAAAUUUGCACAAUGUCCUAUGCACAAAGAGAGCGCACCGAAUCAUCCAGAAAAAGAUGAGUAGAUGAGUAAACAUCAUAUCUAGAAUGCAUUUGAACACACAUGUGCAUUUUAUAUUAUGUUGACGUUGCUGGCUUUCCAUAGUUAUGGUUGAUCGGAUCAAUCGCAACUCUUUGUAAGACGGGCCCUGUUCUUUUAUCUCCUCUGUCAUCCUGCACAUUGUACACAUAUAGUAUGGUGUUCGCUUCACUGCUCUUCUUAAUCUAGAAUUUGAAAUGACAAGAAAGAAAAUUAUAAUCAUUAAUGCAAAACAUGUCAUUACUACUGUAUACUAGGAGUGGGAUCCAUAGAUAGGAAAUCUAAUGAAGAAAUGUUUCUCUCAUUCUAAUGUAGAUUUUGCUGUAAUUUGUAUAUAUUUGUACUCAUCAGAUUAUAUAUACAGUAGUGUACAUCACAGUGCAAUCAUGGUCUCUUUAUUGCAUCUAGCAUUCCAGUAUCUUUCUACGCAUUCUUCUAAUUUAUGUUGAAUGUUCUUGAUAUUUCUAUGCAACGCAGGAAUACGGAUCAGUUAAAAUAUAAUUUGUAUUUCUUUAUCAUGCCUUUGCUCUGGAAGUGCUUACUGAACGUAUAGUUGGAUUAAAUCUUUAGAUGUUUGAAGCUAAAUUUGAUACUUAUUAAAAAAGCAUAAGCAUAUGAGUUGACAUUGUAUUAAAAAUAUGAAAGUUUUGUAUCGCCAUAUCCAAGGGGAAAUAAAUUUGAAAGUGGAAAUAUUAGCAAAGUUUUUAUUACCAUGAAAAGUUGUUGGCAAUUUUCUUUGUAAGAUCAUUUUGAUCAAACUAGUAAAAUAUAUAUAAAUAAGGGUUUGGCCAAACAGGGAUGCUACUUUUCAGAUUGGUCUGAGGUCAGACUUUAUCAACUAAUUUUCAGCCAUGUGACGUCACAUGAUGGGAGCAUUGGCCUCAUUUACCAUGUUUUACAAGUUCCAUAAACUUUCAUUUUGUUAUGGUUUUCAUGUAAAAGCGUGGUUUGAAUUGAUGUAUGACGGUUGAAAUGACAGGUAAUUGCAUUGCAUUUUAAGGUGUGUUUUUUUAAAGGUAUUUUAUGGGAGUUUUAUCUCAGGAGAAUAGGAAAAUGGGGGAAGUUGCUCCCAUAAGUUGCUACAAAUGACAUAAAUAAAGCUUGAAAAAGUAGCUCCUUGAUAUUUGAUGGAAUUUUGACUAACCUUCACUAAUAUGUUUCUUGUAUUUCACUUUCUUUUUGGUGAAGUAACCUGGGUCCCAUAACACAAAAGUAAGUCAUUGAUUGUAUGCUUGUGUUUCACAAAAAUGCUCUUUAAUGAUGAGAACUUGUUCAGGUAUCAAAUACCAACACAUAAUGAAUAACUUAAUAAAUAUUCUGCUUUUUCCCCCUGCAUGAACCAGGUAUAGUUUAUCCAGGUCAGAUAGCAGUCGAAAAUAUAUAAUUGACACCAGGCUUUUUUUUUCACACCCACCUUUUCACAAAAAUACCCUUUAAUUGCUGAACUUGUUCAGGACUCAAAUACUGCCAAAUAUUUUCUGCGUUUUAUUAAUUUCUUGACCAGAUGAUGUGAAAGCUUUUUGUCAUUAUGACGUUGUAAAACAAGACUUACUUUUAUAUUAAUUGAUGCAUAUAGUUCUAAUCAAUUGUGUUUGUAAUACGCUGAUUAUAUGUGCAUCCAUGAUUUAUUUGCAAUAAAAUUCUGUACUACUGUUUAAUUUAUUAAAA